AUGCCAUACGGUCACCGUAACCAGUGGCACAGUGACUCAAGUUAUUACCAAAAGUGUUCUAGUCUCAUCCAUGCCAACCUGCACGUCCAAGUGGCAGAAUACGACCUUUACAAAGUCCUCAACCGGAGCUACAAACACAACACCGCCACGACUCUCAUCACAUCAACGACCAAGACUUCGGUCUCAGCCGAGGGAGACAGUACCACCAUGUUCGAGCCCGAUGGCCCGGUGGUGCCGACUACCACAGUCAGCGACUUCACUCUGCCAUCCAACAAGGCCUAUCCGUGGGGCGGCAACGGGCCCCUCUUCCGACGUCCUAACACAACUGCCACCGACAGUGAGAACCUUGCAGUCCGCCAGCCUGGUGGGUGGUGGUUGCGGUGGAAGCGGCAUUUCGACCGAUCGCGAUCGAGCGCGAAGGACAGGGGGGCAGACGUGACUCACGAAACCUGA